UUGUGUUUUUUGACCCAGCAGGCUGUCUUUCAAGGGUGGCUAAUCUUAACAAGGUUGUCAAAUUGAACGCUUUAGAAUGUAUCCUUUAGUUUCCUACCACACUCCAUAUUCAAUUUCCUGAAAAAAGCAACGACUCCCUCUUUUCCUUGGGUCUCCUGUGGCUAGACAGUAAUAAACUGUACCUAACGCAUGUGUAUGGACUCUUACCAACCCUUGAUACGUUUAAAAUACAAAAAACAUAAGUCGGGUGUUUUAAAAGAGCGAAAGAGUACACAAGAAACUACAGUAAAAAGUAGGCCCUAUCGAAGAUAAAUUAUACUUCGGAAACGAAAUUACAAAUUCCGGGAAAUUCUAUUAGAUGUAGAAAACCCUUAAAAAAGCAAACUGUUGAUAAGCGCUUGGCUAGCUUUCCGAAGGCUUUGGGAACAAUCACCGUAAAACAAGAAAUUUUCGCGAAAGUUUCAUACGACCGAUUGCGAAAGUUAUCAUUACCUUUGCUGACAGAUAUUAACAAGAUAACGAAAAAAAUUCUUAAAGGUAAACAUUGGCAAAAAAACGAAGGGUGAAUUCCUGUCAACCUUUGAAACUUGACACGAGAAUUUUAGCAAUUUCAAAAGCAUAAUUUAGUUUCGAUAUGCUUCAUUAUUUUAAUUAUCUUGGAAUAAAGUUUAUUUAGUAAUUACGGACUGCCUAGUAACAAUACUGUAUCACAUUUUGUUACUUGGUUCUUGGAGAGGCUGACAAAGAGCUGAAUGUUUUUGAGUCCGAACUAUCGCGCUUGUACUUCAAGGACCCUCUUCACACGUCGACGUAUCUUCAUUGAUCAUUUGAAGAGGGUUAAUCUAACUUGAAUGAUUGUUACUUUUCGUCGUCGCAAAAAGUCACGAUAGUGCUUUUCCAUAAAACAACCAGAUCUCGAAUAGUUAUUGCAUUAUCGUUUUUCUUACCCCAAUCAAUAGUCAUUAUAUUUCGGAAGGGAGACAUCUAAACUCGCUGAAGGAAAAAAAAUUCGACGCGAACGAACGGGAAAAUACACUUCGUAGCUUCAUUAAGUCACUCGGAUCAACAGAAUGUUCGUAGCUUGAGCUAAUAACACCAUUUGACAUAAAUUUUACGUUUCGUAAAAAGAAAAACUGAAUCCCUUUUAAGUUCACAGUAAUCUACGAGCCCCUAUAAUUCAGCAAUAGUACUGCCAUACUCAGCUCUUAAAGCUAGCAAUUAUGGGCCACACACUGAAAUCCAGGACAUAAAUGAUACGAAACGAGACACCAUCUUGACGUAGGUUUUCAAGCAAAGGAAUGUUUGUAAACUGUCUCCUAUCACUAAAUAGUCCGCAGUUCCGGUUUAGAGUUCGAUUGCCCAUUCAAGCGAUGAAAACAAAGUUAUUGUGAACUUUGGAUUCGCGUUACACCUUUCGUUCAGGAAUUGAGUCGAACUUCGACAACCUCUCAAUUUACUUUCUUUGACGACUCAAAUCAAAGCUAUUUGGUAAUGUCCUUGCAUCAUGUAGAUUUUUUACCAUGCACAGGAAUAUCGCCGUUAGUACACAGUGAGAAUUUAACAACAGCCAUCGAUUGCCAGUAGCUCGAGUUUGAAGGUCACCGGCCUACAGUGUUCGACAGCAUCAUGGCUAUCACUUUUUUGCCAUACAGAAGAAUUUUAUGGGGAGUUGCCUUGCUAUUACUAGCUCAAGAUACGGAGGAAAGGGCAUUUCCAAGGAUUCCAGAAUUCAUCGCAGAGGAUGACCUGCUAAAUCAACCGGAGCUAGAACCUGUUUAUAACGAGGGAAUGUUAGUUGGUUACUCUCCCGUUCAAGACGAUUCCAGUGGUGUAGGAAUUGAAGUCAUAACUUCUGCACCAGUAAACAACUCUGAGAGUAAAACUCCACUUCUUCCCACACCAAUCAACACAGUGAUAGUUAGCGAAACACCACCACCCAAGCAAGCGCAGAAAGUCACCGACGACAUAAGUGACAGCUUGGAAAAUGGGGAAGAUCUCUCUGAGCCAGGCACAGCGGAAAUUAUAGAUAUCAUCGAUGUUGAGCCAACUACUUCUCCCGUAAGAGAGCCCUCCACAAGGAAAGAAACAACCAAAAUUCCCCUAGUAACUCAAACAAGCGAGCCAAAAUCAAAAAAUUCGAAAACAGAAGUUAACCUGGCCACAGAUGAUAUCAUUGACAACGUGGGGAAUGGAGCAGAACCAACCGAGCCUACAAUAGACGGAAACGUAUUAGAUAUCACGGACGUUAAGCACACUACAACUGAAGAAAAAACAACAGUUGCGCCAACUAAGGAAGCAACAACAGCUGCACCGACAGAGAAGGAUACCAGAGCUGCUCCUACUGAAGAACAAACAACAGCUGCACCAACUGAGAAAGUUACAACAUCUCCACCAACCGAAAAACAAAAGACAAAUGCAUUGGCUAAAAAACAAACAACAGCCGCAAUCAUUGAAGAACAAACAACAGCUGCACCGACUCAAGAGGUAAAAACAGCAGAACCUACUGAGGAAGCAACAGCUGCACCAACAGAGAAAGAAAUAGCAACUGCGCCAAAUGACAAGGAAACAACGCAAAAGACAAAUGCAUUGGCUAAAAAACAAACAACAGCCGCAAUCAUUGAAGAACAAACAACAGCUGCACCGACUCAAGAGGUAAAAACAGCAGAACCUACUGAGGAAGCAACAGCUGCACCAACAGAGAAAGAAAUAGCAACUGCGCCAAAUGACAAGGAAACAACGGUUACAACAACUGCAGAAGGAAGAACGGUUGCAACAACUGUGGAAACAACCCCUGCACCGACUGAGGAAAAAGCAACACCCACACCCACUGAAAAAGCAACAACGACUGCACUAACAGAGAAAGAAACAACUGCUGCGCCAACUUCGGAAAGAUCAACAGCUGCACUAGCUAAGGAAACAACAACAGCUGCACCUGCUGAAGAGGAACCAACUGGGAAACAAACAACAGCUGCCCCAACUAAGGAAGAAACAACCACUGCACCAACUGAAGAAGGAACAACGGCUUUACCAACUGAAAAAGCGACAACAGCUGUACCAACUGAGAAAGAAACAACAGCUGCACCAACUGAGGAAGUAACAACAGCUGCAACAACUAAGGAGGACACAACAUCCUUGCCAAUCGAGGAAAUAACAGCUGCACGAACUAAGAAAGAAACAACCGCUUCGCCAACUAAGGAAGAAACAACACCUACACUAACUGAAGAAGUAACGACAUCUCCACCCACUGAGGAAUUAACAACUGCAGCACCAACUAAAGAGGAGUCAACGGCGGGACCAACUGAAAAAAAAACCACAGUUGCACAAAGUGAGGAUCGAGCAACGGCUUCGCCAACUGAGGAUGAAAAAACAGUUGCACCAACUAAGGAACAAACCGCUGCACCAACACAGGAAGAAACACAUCCUGAACCUUCUGUGGAAGCAACAACAGCUGCACCAACUAAAGAAGAUACAACGGCCGCGUCAACCGAACACGAGACGACAGUUGCACCAGCUAAUGAAGAAACAACAGCUGCACCAACUAAGGAAGAAAAAACAGUUCCUCCAACUAAAAAAGAAACAACAGUCGCACCAAUUGUCAAAGAAACAGUUGCACCAACUGGGGCCGAGACAACGGCUACACCAACUGUGACCGAAACUGUGGCCAAAACAACAGCUGCGCCAACUGAGGCGGAAACAACAACUGCAGCAACUGAAGGGGCAACAACAGCUGAACCAGCUAGUGAACAAACAACCGCUGUACCAUCUGAGGCCCAAACAACAGCUUCCCCCACUGAGCAAGAAAUAACAGUUGCACCAACUAAAGAAGCAACAACAGCUGCACCAACUGAUAAGGAAACAACAGCUGCACCAACUAAUGAAGAAGCAACAGCUGCACCAACUAAGGCCGAAACAACAGCUGCACCAACUAAGGCCGAAACAACAGCUGCACCAACUGAGGAAGAAACAACAGAUGCAGCAGCUGAGGUCGAAACAACAGCUGCACCAACUGAUAAAGAAACAACAGCUGCACCAGCUGAUAAAGAAACAACGGCUGCACCAACUGAUGAGGAAAUAACAGCUGCACCAUCUGAGGCCCAAACAACAGCUCCACCAACUGAGGAAGAAACAACAGAUGCAGCUGCUGAGGUCGAAACAACAGCUGCACCAACUGAUAAAGAAACAACAGCUGCACCAGCUGAUAAAAAAACAACAGCUGCACCAAUUGAUCACGAAAUAACAGCUGCACCAUCUGAGGCCCAAACAACAGCUGCAGCAACUGAGGCCGAGACAACAGCUGCAUCAACUGUGACCGAAACUGUGGCCAAAACAACAGCUGCGCCAAGUGAGGCGGAAACUACAACUGCACCAACUGAAGGGGAAACAACAGCUGCACCAGCUAUUGAAGAAACAACCGCUGCACCAUCUGAGGCCCAAACAACAGCUUCACCCACUGAGGAGGCAACAACAGCUGCAGAAACUGAAGAAACAACAACAGCUGCACCAACUGAUAACGAAACAACAGCUGCACCAACUGAUGAAGAAGCAACAGCUGCACCAACUAAGGCCGAAACAACUGCUGCACCAGCUGAGGAAGAAACAACAGAUCCAGCAGCUGAGGCCGAAACAACAGCUGCACCAACUGAUAAAGAAACAACAGCUGCAUCAACUGAUGAAGAAACAACAGCUGCACCAACUGAGGCCCAAACAACAGCUGCGCCAACUCAGGCGGAAACAUCACCUGCAAUAACUGUGGAAGACACAACAGUUGCACCAACCGACCAACAAACAACAGCAGCACCAACUAAGGAACAAACAACAGCUUUAUCAACCGAAGGGGAAACAUCAGCUGCUCCAACUGAGGAGGAAACAACAACUGCACCAACUGAAGAGGACACAACAGCUGCAUCAACUGAGGAAGAAACAACUGCACCAACUGAGAAGGAAACUACCGCUGAAGCAGCUGGGGCCGAAACAACACCUGCACCAACUGUAGCCGAAACAACAGCUUCACCACCUGAGGAAGCGACAACAGCUGCACAAACUGAGGAAGAAACAACAGUUGCAAUAACAGAGGAGGAAACAACAGCUGCACAAACUGUGGCUAAAACAACAGCUGCACCCAUUGAUAAAGAAACAACAACUACACCAACUGGUGAAGAAACAACAGCUGCAGCAACUGAGACUCAAACAACAGUUGCGCCCACUAAGGCGGAAACAAAAACUGCAUCAACUGAAGUGGAAACAACAGCUGCACUAACAGAUGAAGAAACAACAGCUGCACCAACCGAGGCCCAAACAACAGUUGCGCCAACUGAAGCCGAAACAACAGCUGCAUCAACUGAAGCCGAAACAACAACUGCACCAAGUGAGGCCCAAACAACGGCUGCGCCAACUGAGGCCGAAACAACAGCUGCACCAACUGCAACCGAAACAACGGCUUCACCCAGUGAAGAAGCAACAACAGCUCCACCAACUGACAAAGAAAUAACAGCUGCACCAACUGAAGCCGAAACAACAGCUGCACCAACUGAGGCCGAGACAACAGCUGCACCAACUGAGGAAGAAUCAACAGAUGCAGCAGCUCAGGAAGAAACAACAGCUGCACUAACUGAUGAAGAAACGACAGCUGCACCAACCGAGGACAAAACAACAGGUGUACCAACUGAACAAGUAACAAUAGCUGUACCUAUUGAGGAAGAAACAACAGCUGCACUAACUGAGGCCGGAACAACAGCUGCACCAACUGUGGCCGAAACAACAGCUUCACCACCUGAGGAAGCAACAACAGCUGCACCAACUAAUGAGGAAACAACAGUCGCACCAACCGAUAAAGAAACAACAGCAGGAACAACUGAGGAAGAAACAACAGCUGCACCUAUUGAUAAAGAAACAACAGCUACACCUACUGAUAAAGAAACAACAGCUGCACCAAGUGAGGAGGAAACAACAGCUGCACUAACUGAGGCGGAAACCACACCUCCACCAAGUGAGGAGGAAGCAACAGUUGCAACAACUGAUAAAGAAACAACAGCUACGCCAACUGAGGCCGAAACAACAGCUGCACUAGCUGUGGCCGAAUCAACAGCCUCACCACCUGAGGAAAUAACAACAGCUGCACCAACUGAGGAAGUAACUACAGCUAUGCCAACCGAAAAAGAAACAACACCUGCACCAACUGGGGAAGAAACAACGGCUGGAACUACUGAGGAAGAAACAACAGCUGGAUCUACAAAGGAAGCAACAACGGCUUCAACAGCCGAGGAAGUUACAACAGCUGCACCAACUGAGGAACUCUCAACAUCCUCACAAACUAAGGUAGUAACGACAUCUAUUCCUGUUGAAGAACAAUCAACAGCUGCGACUAUUGACCUUGAGGCUACAGCUGCACCCACAGAGGUCCAAAAAACAGCUGUACCGACGCAAGAGCAAAUUACAGAUGCACCAACUGCAGAACAAACAACAUCUGUACCAACUAAAGAAGCAACAACCCCUGUUCUCACUGAACAACAAACAACAGCUCCUCCUACUAAAGAAGUCACAAUAGCUUUACUUACUGAAGAACAAACAACAGGUACAUCUACGGCAAAGCGAACAACUUCUGCACCAAGUAAGGAGACAAAAAAGACGACGCAGAGGACACAACAAACAAUUUCUGUAUCAAGUAAGAAAGUAACAACAGCUACACUUACAGAUAAAGUAAAAAGAACUGAUGAAGCAAUAACUACAGUCGCUGAGAAGGCAACACGAAUCCCAUCAACAUCAGUUAUCCAAACUACAGGGGCAACAUUGCCCGUUAUCACAGUUCUUCCUCCUGAUGUGUCUGGCCAGGAACUGGCAUCAACAGCUAAGCCAAGUACAUCAGUGCAGAUAAGCACAGUGGUAACUACUGGGGACAUGACGACGGCUGGACCUACUACGAAAGCAUCAACACGAGCACCAACUCGGGGAGUGACUAGUACUGAGGCAACAGAGCAAAUAUCGACAGCUGGACCUGAGAUGGAAACAAGCACACUUUCACCUACCAAGGAAAUAUCGCCUUUGGCAACUGAAGCAGUAACUACAGCUAAGCUUAAUGAGGAAAAAACGACAGUUGGACCUACAGGGGAACAAACGACAGCUACAGCAACUAGGGAAGCAACGACUGCUGAACCAACUAAGAAAGCAACAACAGAGGAAGAAACUGCAAAAGCAACAACAGCUGAACCUAUUCAGGGCCCAACAACAGCUGGACCAACCGAAGAUGAAACAAAAGUUACACCAGCGGAGGAAGAAACAAUAGCUGUACCAACUGAAAAAGAAACAACUGUGGAAAAAAUUGAGGAAGAAAAAACAGCUGCACCAACUAAAGAGAAGACAACAGCCGCACCAGAUGAAGAGAAAACAACAGUUGCACCAACUGAGGAAAGAACAACUGUUGCACCUACUGAGGAAGAAACAACAGCUGCACCAACUGAGAAGACAACUGAGGAAGUAACAACAGCUGAACGUGUUGUAGAAACAACUACAGCUACACAAACAGAGGAAGAAACAACAGCAGCACCAACUGAAAAAGAAACAACGGUGGCAACAGCCGAGGAAGAAAAAACAGUUACACCAACUGAAAAGAAAACAACGGCCGCAUCACAUGAAAAGAAAACAACAGUUGCACCAACUGAGGAAAGAACAACUGUUACACCAACCCAGGAAAAAACAACAGCUGCACCAACUGGGGAAGAAACAGCAGCUGCACCAACCGAGGCCGAAACAACAGCUUCACCAGUUAAAGAAGAGACAACAACUGCAUCAACUGGGGAAGAAACAACAGCUGCACCAACUGAGGUAAAAACAACAGCUGCCCCAACUGAAGAUGAAACAAUAGUUGAACCGACGGAAAAAGAAACAACAGCUGCACCAACUGAAAAAGAAACAACGUUGGCAACAGCUGAGGAAGAUAAAACAGUUGCACCAACUAAAGAGAAAACAACGGCCACACCAGAUGAAAAGAAAACAACAGUUGCACCGACUGAGGAACAAACCAAUGCUUCACCAACUGAGGAAAGAAAAACUGUUGCACCGACUGGGAAAGAAACAACAGCUGCACCAACUGAGGAAAACACAACAGCUGCACCAACCGAGGCAGAAACAACAGCUGCACCAACUAAAGAAGAGACAACAGCUGCACCAACUGGGGAACAAAUAACAGUAGCACCAACUGAGGAAGAAACAACAGCUCCACCAACUGAGGAACAAACAACAGCUGCACCAGCUGAGGAAGAAACAACAGCUGCCCCAACUGGGGAACAAACAACAGCUGCACCAACUGAGGCCAAAAUAACAGCUGCUCCAACUGCGGAAGAAACAACAGCUGCACCAACGGGGGCAGAAACAACAGCUUCACCAACUGAGGAAAAAACAACAACUACAACAACUGAUGAAGAAACAACAGCUUCACCAACUGAUGAAGGAACAACAGCUGCACCAACUGUGGUAAAAACAACAGUUGCACCAACUCAGGAAGAAACAACAGCUGCAUCAGCUGAGGAAGGAACAACAGCUGCACCAACCGAGAAACAAAAGACAGUUUCACCAACUGAGGAAGAAACAACAGCUCAAAGUGAGAAAGAGACAACAGCUGCACCAACUGGAAAACAAACAACAGCUGCAGCAACUAAAGAAGAAACAACAGUUGCACAAACUGGAGAACAAACAACAGUGGAACCAACUGAGAAAGAAGCAACAGUUGCAUCAAUUAAGGAACAAACAACAGCGGCACCAACUAAAGAAGAAACGACAGUUUCACGAACUGAGGAAGAAACAACGGCUGCACCAGAUGAAAAAGAAACAACGGUUGCAUUGACUGGGGAACCAACAACUGCUGUACCAACUGAAGAAGUAACAACAGCGGCACCAACUGAGAAAGAAAUAACAGUUGCACCAACUGGAGAAGAAACAACAGCUCCGCCAACUAAAGAAGAAACAACCGCUGCACCAAGUGGGGAACAAACAACAGUGGCUCCAACUGAGGAAGAAACAACAGCUCUAACAACUGGGGAACAAACAACAGCUGCACCAACUGAGGAAGAAACAACAGCUGCAGCAACCGAGGAACAAACAACAGCUGCACCAACCGAGGAACAAACAACAGCGGUACCAACUAAAGAAGGAACGACAGUUCCACCAACUCAGGAACAAACAACGGCUCCACCAAUUUUGGAAGGAACAACUGUUGCACUGACUGAGGAAAAAACAACAGCUGUACCAACUGAAGAAGUAACAACAGUUCCACCAACUGAGGAAGAAACAACAGCUGCACCAACGGAAGAAAAAACGACAGCUGCACCUACUGAGGAAAAAACAACAGCUCCACCAACUGAGGCAGAAACAACAGUUGCACCAACUGAGGAAAAAACAACAGUUGCACCAACUGAGGAACAAACAACAGCUGCAGCAACCGAGGAACAAACAACAGCGGCACCAGCUGAAGAAGAAACGACAGCUCCACCAACUGAGAAAGAAAAAACGGCUGCACCAAAUGAAAUAACAACAACCAUUGCACCGACUGAGGAACAAACAACAUCUGCACCAACGGAAGAAAAAACAACAGUAGCACCUACUGAGGGAAAAGCAACAGCUCCACCAACUGAGGCAGAAACAACAGUUGCACCAACCGAGGAACAAACAACAGCGGCACCAACUGAAGAAGAAACGACAGCUCCACCAACUGAGAAAGAAACAACGACUGCACCAAAUGAAAUAAAAACAACAGUUGCACCGACUGAGGAACAAACAACAUCUGCACCAACGGAAGAAAAAGCAACAGUAGCACCUACUGAGGAAAAAACAACAGCUCCACCAACUGAGGCAGAAACAACAGUUGCACCAACUGAGGAACAAACAACAGNUUCAUAG